AUGCUGCCUUUACGCUUUAAACGAUCACAAGUCUUUAUUUUACUAACAAUUGAAUUCAUUCUUUGUCUCUAUAUCUUCUGGUGUCCGAAAGAUGAAACAUCUCGUCUGGAAAAUUUAGUUUUGAAAUACCAAAGUGAAGUUUUGCAAAAAGAUUUGGAGUUGAAGAAAUACAAAUUAGAACUAAACAAUGUAGUCGUAGAUCCACAAAAAACGAAGACUAGACAUUAUAUCAAAAAUUUGCCUGUCAUUUAUGGCAUAACGCCAACUUAUACGAGAAUUGAGCAGAAAGCAGAGCUUGUUCGACUUUCACACACCCUUCUCCAUGUGCCCAAUUUUCAUUGGAUAAUAGUGGAAGAUGCAACCUCAAAGACGGAACUUGUGACAAACUUUUUGAAGUCAUGUGGUUUGCCAUACACCCAUCUUUUAGCAUUAACACCCCCUAAUUAUAAACUGAAAACUACAGAUCCGAAUUGGUUAAAGCCUCGAGGGGUGUUACAGCGUAAUGCGGCGUUGGAAUGGUUGCGAACAAAUCUCGAUAGCCAGUCAAAAGGUGUUGUGUAUUUUAUGGACGAUGACAAUACGUACAGUUUACAGGUUUUUAAAGAAUUGCGGAACACAAACAAAGUAUCAGUGUGGCCGGUUGGUUUAAGUGGAGCUUUGAGAUACGAAAGUCCGCUCGUUAAAAAUGGGAAAGUUACUGGAUGGUUCACGGCUUGGAAACCAGAUAGACCAUUUCCCAUGGACAUGGCAGGGUUUGCCAUCAAUCUAAGUCUAUUUUUUAAAUAUCCUGAUGCAAAAUUCAGUUUAAAAGUGGAGCGAGGGUAUCAAGAAUCUACGUUAUUAACUAAUAUGAAUAUUAAAAUGGAAGACUUGGAACCAAAAGCUAAAAAUUGUAAUGAAGUCAUAGUCUGGCAUACCCGAACAGAAAAAACCAAAUUGAAAAAUGAAGAUAAAUUGAAAAAACGAGAUGGACAUGGAUCAGAUUUAAGGAUUGAAGUUUAA